AAUCCAAACACAACCUAAAAGUGAUCCGUUCACACCUGCACUAAACUCCUUAGUAUCUUGAACUAUACUGGAGAUGUUCACUGUUACUAAUUAACCUUCCAAACGGGGCUUCACUGUUACUAAUUAAGAGGGGAGAAAAAAGCAAAUUACCGGUAAACUUCCUGGAAUCUGCCUCUCUCAACUGUCAACUUCUCAACCGGGCGGGACGCCGCCAUAAAUAGAAUAUAGAAAAACACCAGCUGCUUCAUUUCUAAUCAAAUUAUGCCUUUUCAUCUCUGUUCUCAUCUCUUUACUUCAUGAUUCGAUGAACCCGCAAUCCCGAGCUUUCCCCAUGUCCCUCUUCCGCUACUACCGUCACCUUUUCUUCACAUUUCUAGCUCUCUCCUUCACCCCGACCCUCGCCCAAAACGGCACCGCCUCAUGCCCCCUCGACUUCGGCAUCCUCCGCAAGCUUAUCGCCGACUCCCAAUCCACCAGUAUUUCGCCCUCCCAGGAAUGCCAGUACGUCAAGCAAGGCUUGCGACUCGUCCAGUCCUAUUUCCUCCAGCGCAGUAAUUCCUUCGUCCCCCCGCUCGACUUGGCCGAGUCGUGCUGGCAAGCUUACCAGGAUUUCUUCGACGAUUUCCUACCCAACUUUGAUGUUCGAUCCUCUUGCGGCUUCAACACCAGUUGGAUUUCUGAAGGCUGCAUGAACAUCACUACCAGAUCCCAAUUCGAGGCCUUGGUUUCCAACUCCUCACUGAGUGACGUCAUUUCCAAUUGUAACCAGCCGCUUGAGAAUAAUUCCCCCUGUGCCGCUUGCACCACCAGCUUGUCCAGGCAACAGGCCUCGUACUUGACGGGGAAGUCCGUCGGGAACUUGUCGGAUUGUCAAGCGUAUCCGUUCAUUUAUGCGGCAGCGUUCGCUAAUAGGUAUGGUCCCACCGAUAGAGGCACAGUUAAGUGUUUGUUUUUGCUUGAUUUCGUUCCAAAGAAAUCGGAUCGCAAAAAGAAGAAACUUUUGAUUUUGCUCAUUUCUAUUUUGGGUGUUGGAUUGUUGAUAGUAAUUGGCUGCUGUUGGUUUUUGAGGCGAAGAUAUGAGGCUUUGAGUAGGAAAAAGAAAAGAGAUAGAAUUGCUGGGGGAGUUGAUAUGAAUUUGAGUCGUGGAUUGGAGUCCAUCAGUGGAAGUACUACUCUGGUUGAGUACAAAUUUGAUGAGAUAAAAAAGGCAACUGGGAAUUUUUCCAGGGACAACAUUAUUGGAAGAGGAGGCUAUGGAAAUGUGUAUAAAGGUGAGUUGCCAGAUGGGUCUCAAGUUGCUAUGAAAAGGUUCAAGAAUUUGUCAGUCGCUGGUGAUGCUAGUUUCAUACAUGAACUCGAGGUUAUUGCCAGCGUGAGACAUGUGAAUCUUGUUGCAUUGAGAGGCUACUGUACUGCCACUACUCCAUUUGAGGGUCACCAGAGGAUAAUUGUGUGUGAUUUGAUUAAGAAUGGGAGUUUACAUGACCACCUGUUUGGAUCUCGGAGGGAAAAGCUCAGUUGGCCUAUUAGGCAAAAGAUUGCACUGGGGACCGCCAGAGGAUUGGCUUACUUGCAUCAUGGAGCUCAACCAGGAAUCAUUCACAGGGAUAUUAAAGCCGGUAAUAUACUUUUGGAUGAAAGAUUCGAGGCCAAGGUGGCGGAUUUCGGGCUGGCAAAGUUUACCCCCGAGGGUGCAACACAUUUAAGCACUAGGGUGGCUGGAACUAUGGGAUAUGUUGCUCCUGAGUAUGCUCUGUAUGGGCAAUUGACAGAGAGAAGCGAUGUGUAUAGCUUUGGUGUUGUGCUUCUUGAGCUUUUGAGUGGAAAGAAGGCACUCGUUGUAAGUGAUCAUGAGAGCCAACCAGAUCUGGUGACUGAUUGGGCAUGGUCAUUGGUGAAGAAAGGGAGAGCUUUAGAUGUUAUUGAAGAUGGUAUGCCGGAGUUAGGCCCACAAGAAGUUUUGGAGAAGUAUGUAUUUAUUGCAGUUCUUUGUUCUCAUCCACAGUUACAUGCCAGGCCAACAAUGGAUCAGGCAGUAAAAAUGUUGGAAACAGACCAGUCAAUUCCCACUAUCCCAGAAAGGCCAAUUCCUCUGGCAGCCGAGAUGGACGAUAUUGAGAGAGUAAGCAGUUGCGGUUCAGGUAAGCUCUCUAGUCCGGCUGGCCACAAAACAUACAUAUUAGAGAAUGAUCGCCCUUCUAGCUAAAACGAGACAAGGUCUAGUUCGGACUCUGGACCAGUGGAAUUGCUGUAAAUUAUGUUGUUUGGCCGGAGGGAAUUAUUUAAGCCUUCCAGUGAUACUUCCAUGUUCCACCUGAUCCUAAGGUUUCAAAAUUUGGAGCCACACCUCCAUUGUGAAGAUAAAUAUAGAAUGAAAUUUGAUA